CUCCCAGAUAUUUAUCAUUUUCGUAUUUUAUUUUACAUUUAUAAAUUAUUUUCGAUUAACUUAACCUAAUUGUGAAGCUCCAUCUUCUUCAUUCUUCAAUCCCAUCCUCAUCUCUAAAAUCAAUGGCUGUUCUCAACUACAUCUCAGCUGCCUCCUCUCCCAUAUCCCAGGAUUCUUCAAUUUCACCUCCCAUACCUGACCCAAGGCAAACCAAGGUCAUUCUCCCCAAAAAGAAGCCCGAAAAAUGGUCCACCGGUAUUGCCCCAGGGGACUACGGCGGCCCCCCUACCACUACCAAGCUCCGUAAGUACUGGGGUGGUGAAAAAGAUGAUCCUUUAACCUCCGACGAUUAUAUCUGGAAUAGAGAAUUCAUGGCCCGGAUGAAAAAGUUUGUCAAAUAUCAACCUGAUGAUUUAUCUCUUACGGUCAAUAAGCCUAAGGACGACAAGCCUUCUGGAUUUCUUAGCUUGAAUAGAGUCAUGACUCUUGAUAGUUUGGAUGUUGACUUGAGCAAAGAACUAUCGGCUCCUCCAAUGCCUAGGUCAGAAGAUUUGGUCGAGAAAAACAUUCCGAUUGACCACCGAAAGUCACCCAGAUGGAAGUUAGCACCGACAAGGCGUGAGCAAGAGAAGUGGGAUAGGGCAUAUGAGGCAGCUACUGGAGGCAGUGAUGUGAUGUUUCGAGAAUUGAGACGGCCUCAAGGGAAUCCAGAAGUAUUGGCUGCCUUAUCCAUGGAACAGUAUGUUAAGUUAAAGAAGAAGAUGCAAAUUUUAACACUGGCAAUAGGAGGUGUUGGUUUGAUCUCAGCUUAUGUUUCAUAUUCUCCAGAAGUUUCUGCUAGCUUUGGUGCUGGGCUAAUUGGUUCUCUUGUGUACAUACGGAUGCUGGGGAAUAGUGUGGAUUCUCUGGCAGAUGGAGCAAAAGGACUUGUUAAGGGAGCCGUUGCACAACCACGAUUAUUAGUUCCAGUCAUAUUGGUGAUGAUAUAUAACCGUUGGAAUGGCAUUCUUGUUGAAGAUUAUGGAGUUGUGCAGCUACAGUUGAUACCAAUGCUAGUUGGAUUCUUCACAUACAAGGUUGCUACUUUUGUUCAAGCUAUAGAGGAGGCACUUACCGUUGUUAAGGAGCCACAAGCCUAGGAUAUACAUGUGCAUAUUUUCCUGGUUCGAACGUAUAUAUGUAUACAUAAAUUUGGAAGGUAUCCUUUGACAAUAUUAAUUCUUGAUCUCUCUUCUUGCCCAACGUGACCUUUUAGUACAACAGAUGAGAGAAAGAGAUGGCAAAGAUAAAAAUAUUUGGUGAUGGGACAACAGCUAAAUGCACGAACUUAUGUCAUUUGUUGAUCAA